AUGCGUGUUGCUUCGAGUGCCCUGGCCCUUGUGGCCGCAGCGGCUGCAAUCUCGCCGGCACUGGCCGUGCAUGAGGAACUGAAGAACAUCAAGCAUAUUGUCUUGUUCAUGCAGGAGAACCGUGCGUUUGACCACUAUUUCGGUACGAUGGCCGGUGUGCGUGGAUUCCAGGACCCGAACGUGCAUGUGUCGAAGAACACAGGCAAGGACGUGUUCCACCAACCCGUGAACAAGGACGGCAUGUGGGAUGGCGAUGCCGACCCUGUCGCAGAGGGCUACUAUCCACCUGACAAUGUCAAGGAGCUCACGCCGUGGCACUUGCCGUGGCAAGGUGGUGACUACCAUGAGCGUGUGCAGUGCAUGGUUGCUGGUACCAACGACUGGCGCCAGAACCACCAGGCGUGGAACAACGGCUCGCUUGAUCACUGGGCUCUGAACAACACCCCCUACAGUCUCGGCUACUUCCGCCGCGAAGACAUCCCGACACAGUAUGCUAUUGCCGGCAACUUUACUGUGGCUGACAGCUACUAUGAGUCGAUUAUUUCGUCGACAGACCCGAACCGUGUGUCCUUCUUCUCCGGUUCGAUCAACGUGAACAACAGCGUCAUUGGCGGUGGUGGUUUGAACAUGGGCGGUCCUGUCAUUGACAACAAUGUCAACCCCUGGUGUCUGAUCGCUGACAAUGGCGACUUCUUCUCGUGCCGCCCUCUCCGCUGGAAGACGGUUCCAGAGUACCUGCAGGACGCUAACAUCACCUUCCAGUUCUAUCAGGACUUUGACAACUUUGGUGACGACACCCUCGUAGAGUGGGAGCAGUACCAGAAGGCCGCAAAGAACAAGGACGAGCUCGCUAAGCACUCAGUGUCGUACCCAGGCAUCGCAAAGUUCGUGAAGGAUGCGAUGGAUGGCAACCUGCCCGAAGUGUCUUACAUUGUUGCGCCCAUGCAGCUCUCGGAGCAUCCGCCGUACACGCCCAAAGAUGGUGCAUGGAUUCAGGCGAAAGUGGCCGACGCCGUCAUGAAGGGAAAGAACUGGGCCUCGACCGCUCUCUUCUUCUCGUACGAUGAGACGGGUGGCUGGGCUGACCAUGUCAUGUCUCCUCAUCCGCCCAAGGACUCACCUGGUGAGUGGAUGGUCGACCCCUAUGACAAGUCGCUGGGCGAGGUGCCCACCGGUCCUGGUUUCCGCCUUCCCUUCUACGCAGUCUCCCCGUGGACGCGCAACGGUGGUGUAUUCACGGAGCACGCAUCGCACGAAAGCCAGAUCAUGUUCCUGGAAGAGUGGUCCAAGGCUGUGGGUAAGCCAUUCGAGUCGAAGGAGAUCAACCCCUGGCGCCGUGCGCAGAUGAGCAACCUUGUCAACAUGUUUGACUUUUCGAACCAUGAUGAUAGCAUUCUCGAGCUUGCGAACGUCACGAUGGCCUCGCAGGACCCGAUCACGCGCCAGUUCAACGGUGCCGACGUGUGCCAGCGCAAGUUCUGGGGCAACGUGCAGCCGGCUGUGCCUUACGGCAAGUUCAGUGAUGAAGACAGCUUGCGCGUCGAGAAGGGCUACAAGCCUGUGCGUGGUGACCUUACAGUAGGCCGUUACCUUACCUUUGAGGCCAACGGCAAAGCUCUGAAGCACUCUGACAGCAAGGUCGGAUCGACCGAGCCCCAGAAGUUCCAUGAUGCAGAAGAGCAGCGCUUCAUUUUGCACUGGGACGGCUCGGAUCCUAAGGACAACCGCUUCAAGAUCUCGACACCAGCUUCGGCCGGCAAGAAGUACGUGACAGAGUCGCUUUCGUUGUCGUCGAAGAAACAGGACGGUGCCGAGUUUGCCAUCGCUGAUCUCGGUAAUGGCAAGGGUCACUCGAUCACGAACGUCAAGACCCACAAGCAGCUCUCUCUGGAGAAGGAUGGAUCCGUCUCCAUGAAGGACCAAGCUUCUGAGGGCUUCAAGGUGUUUAGUGUUACUUUCUAA